CCCACACACAGUUAGUUGAUUUUUUUGUGCGUUUUUUCGAGCCAAUUUUAGUCAAAAAAAAAAAAAAAACUAAACCGAAACCGAAACAGAAUAUAUUGCACGCUACAGAAGGAAAAUACAAGACAGAACACACGCCACACGAGGCACACGCCCCAAGACACACGAGACACGAUACAAAUGCUAAAAUGUCGCUACCCAACGAACAGACAACCGAGCACCCAUCAUCCACAGCCACAGCCAGCACACCAUCCACAGGCACAUCAACACCAUAUACAACACCAUCCACAACCACAAACACAACACCCAAUGAGCUGAAACACCGACUGACGCCGCUCAAUGUGCGACGCCUGUCCGGCUAUGCCAAUCCGCAAACGGUGGACGAUGCAACGUUCGAUCAUGCAACGGGAGGAGCGGCAGCAGCGAUGAUGAUCAAUGAUGAUCCGCCACCCAUCACAAUCAACAUGAAUAUGAACAACAACAACAACAAUAAUAAUAAUAGUAGCUACAGCAACAACAAUAAUAAUACAAAUAACAAAAACACAACAACAACAACAACAACAACAACGCCACCAUCCGCAUAUGCCACACCACCAAUAUACCAACAACAAUUGUCCACACUGACAGCAACCACGCCCCUAGAUGUUGUGGCAUCGGAUGAUAAAUAUAAAUUGUUUACCAUUUUCAAUGGAAACGAUCCCGACAAUGAGAAGUUGUCGGGCCUACCACAUUCGACAACUGGUUCACUAAGCUCAAUCAUCACGACGUCCAUAGCAUCCUCCGAACCGGAUCCUGGUGCGGCGAGUGCUGGCGGCGGAGGUGCAGGAAGCGGCGGCGGCGGUGGUGGCGGAGGAGGCGGCCCCAAUGGCGGCCCCCUGGUGGCAGCAGACGCGGCCAGCAUCGCUGGCAUCAAUGGCAGUUCCGAGGAGAAGCUGGCACUCAACCGGCCGGGCAUCAAGCAGGAGAAAUGGACAACGAUCCUGCUGCAGGUCUCCAUACCGUUCUUCCUGGCCGGCAUCGGAACCAUCGGGGCUGGCAUUGUGCUGGGAAAAGUCGAGAAAUGGUAUGUCUUUAAGAACGUGAGCGAGCUGUUUAUCCUGGUGCCGGCGCUGUUGGGUCUGAAGGGAAAUCUGGACAUGUGCCUCGCGUCGCGCCUCUCGACGCAAGUGAAUCUGGGGAAUAUGACGAGCCGGCAGAAUGUGGUGCGAAUGAUUGUGGGGAAUAUAGCAUUGGUGCAGGUCCAGGCCAUCGUGGCCUCCUUUCUGGUGGCCAUGUUCGCCGUGAGUGUGGGUGCGGCCAUGACCGGAGAGUUCUACUUUGAGAAUGUGAUGCUGCUGACGGCCUCGGCCAUGUUCACGGCCACCUCGUCGUGCUUUGUGUUGGAUUUCGUUUUGGUGGCUGUGAUCCUGUUCUCGCAGAAGUACCAACUGAAUCCGGACAACCUGGCCACACCGCUGGCCGCCUCCAUCGGGGAUGUGGUGUCCAUAAGUCUGCUCUCGUUCAUUGCCUCUCUGCUGUAUGAGAACAUAAAGACCCAUCUGUGGAUCACUUUCAUUGUGGUCACCUGCUAUCUGGUGCUGUUGCCCAUGUGGGUGCUGAUUGUGAUGCGGAACGAGUACACGCGCCCGGUGCUGAAGAGCGGCUGGGUGCCAGUGCUGUCGGCUCUCUGCAUAAGUGGACUGGGUGGGCUCGUGUUGGAUGCUGCUGUGGAGGUAUUCGAUGGCUUUGUGGUCUUUCAGCCGAUCAUCAAUGGAAUUGGCGGGAAUCUGGUGUCGGUGCAGGCCAGCAAGAUAUCCACAAUGCUGCAUCAGAGCUCAAUUAUUGGCAUUAUACCACCGCACACAAAGAUCUGGGAGUGGCCCUGGAAGGCGUUGUUCAAAGGAGUUCCCUACGCAAAGACGGCAAGGAUACUCAUUGCCAUGUCCAUACCGGGCAACAUACUGUUUAUCUUUACGGCUGACUACCUAAAUAUGCACGCCUCGACGGUGUCCUGGGUGUUUGUGGUCUCCUAUCUGUUGGCCAGUUUUAUUCAGGUAACGCUGCUGCUGUACAUUGCCCACAUCAUUGUGCACGCGAUGUGGAAGUGGAAGAUCGAUCCGGACAAUUCGGCCAUACCCUAUCUGACGGCGCUGGGCGAUCUGCUGGGCAGCAGUCUGUUGGCCGUCGCGUGGAUCUUUACCAUGUCCGUGGGAAUGCAGUAUGGAUCUGGGGUGGAGAAUGCACUGAAUGCACCCAACUAGAAGGGGAUCACUCCCUCUAAACUCUAAACUAAUGCAAUAGAAGCCACAGAAAAACGAAAAGAAAGCAGCCGCAACUCGAUAUAAAGAACUGUUAUGUACCUAAAGUGAAAAAGAAACAUAGAAAUCCUAGAAAUUGUAUGUAUAGACCUGUCACCCCCCCUCCCCCCACACACACUCACCCACACACGAAACAGAAUAAUUUCCAUGUUCUGUCUGUCCUUCUUUGCACAUGGCUUUUGCUUGUGUUCCUUCCUUUUUGCUCCACAAAUGAAGUUAUGUUCGAGUAUAUGGUACAUGCCUAUAUAUACAUACGUAUGGUGUAUAUAUAUUGUAUACAUGGCAGGCGUGCUGCAUAAUAUUUUUUAAGGCUUUUAGGACAAUAUUAUACACAAUUUAAAGAAAUAUAUAUACAAAAUGGGGGAUUAAAACGGGAGAUGGAACUAGAAAACAUUUACAUAUGUAUGUCGUUUCCUUCACCUCCUUCGGUUCUUGUUCUUGUUCCUUUUGCUUGAAACUUUAACCUUUUGUUAACCUUAAGGCAGCCAAAAAAUAAUAAUUGAAUCGUGUAAAUGCAAAAAUAGUCCUAACUAGAAUAUACAUUACUUAAUUUCUUGUUAGUCCCAUGCACACCUACAAUUUACAAACGUAAAAAAACAAUGCGUAGUAUUAGCGUAGAUUUGAUUUUUGCAAAUCUCGCUUAAUUUUUUUUUUUCCUAUUGUUUUUAAAAUAAGUUUCUUACCAUUCCCCUGCCCCGCCCACCUCCUGAGAAAGAAGCAAUAAUUCAAUCACACGGCAAACGAUAUUUAUUAUUAUAUAGAUGAGUGUGUGCAUGUAUGUAUGUAUAUUCCUCUUUUAAUUGUAUAUUAUUAUUGUAUAGAUAUAUUUUAAGUUAAAGCGUGCGCAUUUCGUUUUUGUUUGUUUGUUUCUUUAAACCGAAAAAUAUUGUACAGUGAAUGUGUGCGUUCCAAAAAAAAAUGCGAACAGGGAUAAAGAAAACGAUGAGAAUGAGAGACGUUCUGAAAGGAAAUGUGAUCGAUAUUUAGUUAUAAUAAUAACAAUAAUUAUAAAUUAAUGUACAUCGUAAACGAAAGAGCAUCAUUAUUGUGUAAUAUUUGAAACAAUAAUACCAAUUAAUUAAAUAUGUUGGAAUAAACGAAAGCAAAACGUUCAUAAAGAUA